AGGUUUGGAUCAUAUGAUCGAAUCCUACUUCGCUUGAGUAGACGUCAGGAUUCAGAACAGUUUGUAGGUUCUUCCUGGUAAAUUUCUAAAUAUUUUCAAAGUUUUUUAAUAUUAAUAAGUCAAAAUGGCUUUAAGCGAUGCAGAUGUCAAGAAACAAAUCAAGCACAUGAUGGCUUUCAUUGAGCAAGAAGCCAAUGAGAAAGCCGAAGAGAUCGAUGCCAAGGCCGAGGAAGAAUUCAACAUUGAAAAGGGAAGGCUCGUACAGCACCAGCGCCUUAAAAUCAUGGAGUACUAUGACAGGAAAGAGAAGCAGGUUGAGCUCCAGAAAAAAAUCCAAUCGUCAAACAUGCUGAACCAAGCGCGUCUGAAGGCACUGAAGGUGCGCGAAGAUCACGUGAGAAGUGUGCUCGAAGAAUCCAGAAAACGUCUAGGAGAAGUAACCAGAAACCCAGCCAAGUACAAGGAAGUCCUCCAGUAUCUAAUUGUCCAAGGACUCCUGCAGCUGCUAGAAUCAAACGUAGUACUGCGCGUGCGCGAGGCUGACGUGAGUCUGAUCGAGGGCAUUGUUGGCACAUGCGCAGAGCAGUACGCGAAGAUGACCGGCAAAGAGGUGGUGGUGAAGCUGGACGCUGACAACUUCCUGGCCGCCGAGACGUGUGGAGGCGUCGAGUUGUUCGCCCGCAACGGCCGCAUCAAGAUCCCCAACACCCUCGAGUCCAGGCUCGACCUCAUCUCCCAGCAACUUGUGCCCGAGAUUCGAGUCGCGCUCUUUGGUCGCAAUCCCAACCGCAAGUUCUCUGACUAAGCGCAGAAACGCUGCCUGGCCCUGACGUCACCAACGCAAGCAUUCCACCGUUGUAGCUGUUUCUUUCCUAAACUAACCUAACCGUAUCGUAUCCAUCAUUUAGUUUUAAAAUUUGUUUCCCGAAUCUGUCCAUCUGCCACUUUCCCUAAACUAACCUAUCCAUCAUUUAGUUUUAAAAUGUUGUUUUCCGAAUUUGUCAAUCUGCCACUUUUCCCUAAACUAACCUAACCGUAUUCAACAUUUAGUUUAAAAAUAUAUCCCGAAUCUGCCAGUUUUUUAGUAUGUAUUUCCAACCUUCUCAUCUGCUAAACUGCAGUAACCAUCUCUAUCUUUCAGUUUUCAAAUUUGUAUCUAGAAUCUGCUAAUUUUGAAAGAUUUACAUUGUAUUACCAAUCAAUAUCUGUUGAAUUAUUGAAAGUUGUCUCACUCAUGUUCAUUGUUGAUUAUAAAUUUUGUCAAUUUGUUACCGUACGCAUGAUAUGUGAAUUUUCAACGUCAACAAUGGAUAUUUUCUGUAAGAAAACAUUUAACUGAAUUAGCUCUUUAAGAAUUGUAUUGUACUAGUUAGUGUCUUGCACAAAACUUGAUUUCCAAUUCAUAAUUUCUUCAUGGAAUGGAAUAUGAUGAACAAUGGAAUAAUAAUAUUAUGGAGUAGGAUUGAAAUAAAUAUCUAUGAAAAAAAAACAGAUCAAGUAUCAAAAAUACUAAUCAACAGUGCAUAGGCUACCCUUUAAACGAGAACUAAUUACUCAUGAAGCUUGUUUUAUCAAGUGAAGUAGAAUAAUUUCCACUAACUUUCGAGCAUUUAUUUAAAAUUAUAAAUUUGGAUUGUUUGCAAUUCUCAGUAGUUUAUAAUUUUAUUUCUUGUCUCUAUUCUCCAUUUUUAAUACGAUUUUCUUGUUUUUAAUUAUUAAUCUGGCGGCAAGAUUGCAAUCACCAACUUGCAAUUUCCUUGUAAAUAUGGUUGCAGAGUUUAUCAAAAUGUAAUUGAAGCAAUAACUAAUUUUUAAAACAUCAAUUUUAUGUUAAGAUUCAAGUACAGACUUAAUGGUUGAAUAUUCUGAAUACUGUUUAUUCUAACAGUAUUUCAAACUAAAUAAUACAAACUAUAAGCGAAAAUGGGCGAUAAAAACUCCAAAAUUGUAUUUUUGAUUGUAAUCCACAUCAUUUUUAGAAAAGUUACAUUAACAUUAAGCUUGUGCAAUUUUAAUAGCGAAAUAGUAAAAAUUUAGAUUUGAGAGAAGUAUCUGUUAUCAGCGUCAUUCUGUAUAUAAAUAAAGAUAAUGUUACAAUCUGUAUUAUGUGAAUUUAUAGAUAGUAGAAGUAUUAGUAUGAUAUUAAAAGUUUAAUUAAACUUUGUUGUUGGUUAGAAUUCUGAUGUGGUUCUAAAAUAAAGAAAGAUUUAUGUGUUUAAA